AAGCAGCCAGCCUUAUUAUAAAAACAAAGCUACUAUUGGAAUGAGUUUGCUCAGCAACAGAAUCUGCAAAGGGUCUGGAAGGUACUGAUUACAGUUAAAGGUGCUUUCAAAUUUGAAUCCGUCUGCCUCUUUUCCCCAUUGCUUCCACAGAAGACAAAGGAAAUUCUCUUGGAAAAGAUGAUACUGGAAACCUUGAAUCCAAUGCAUUACAACAUCACCAAUGUGGUGCCAGAAGCCAUGCCAGCUGCCACCGUGCCCAUACUCCUCCUCAUGGGCUUUCUUUUCCUAAUAUGGAAUUAUGAAGAAACAUCAUCAAUCCCAGGGCCUUGUUAUUGUAUGGGAAUCGGUGCCCUCAUUUCACAUGGGAGAUUUCUUUGGAUGGGAGUAGGCAAUGCCUGCAACUAUUACAAUAAGAUAUAUGGAGAAUUUGUGAGAGUUUGGAUCAGUGGAGAGGAAACACUUAUUAUUAGCAAAUCCUCAAGUGUGUUCUAUGUAAUGAAACAUGGGCACUAUGUCUCUAGAUUUGGGAGCAAGCUUGGGUUACAGUGUAUUGGCAUGUAUGAAAAUGGUAUUAUAUUUAAUAAUAAUCCAACACUUUGGAAAGAAAUGCGACCUUUCUUCACCAAAGAUCAUCUGGACAAAUUGGAAGAGGUGACCACUGAACUGGGAAACAUCAAUGUGUUGAACCUUAUGAGGCGGAUCAUGUUAGAUACUUCUAACAAACUCUUUCUCAGGAUCCCUUUGGAUGAAAAUGCUAUUGUGCUUAAAAUUCAGAACUACUUUGAUGCCUGGCAAGCACUUUUACUGAAACCUGACAUCUUUUUCAAGAUUUCUUGGCUGUACAAGAAAUAUGAGGAGUCAGUCAAAGAUUUGAAAGGAGCAAUGGAGUUAUUAAUACAGCAGAAACGUCAGAAGCUUUUCACUGUUGAAAAACUGGAUGAGCACGUGGACUUUGCAACACAACUGAUAUUUGCACAGAACCGUGGAGAUCUGACAGCUGAAAACGUUAACCAGUGUGUGCUGGAGAUGAUGAUCGCUGCCCCUGACACACUAUCAGUGACUCUCUUCUUCAUGCUUGUACUGAUUGCAGAGCACCCUAAGGUAGAAGAGGAAAUAAUGAAGGAAAUUGAAACUGUUAUGGGUGACAGAGAUGUACAGAGCGAUGACAUGCCAAACCUAAAGGUUGUGGAGAAUUUUAUUUAUGAGAGCAUGAGAUACCAGCCAGUUGUGGACUUGAUCAUGCGUAAGGCUCUACAGGAUGAUGUGAUCGAUGGCUAUCCUGUGAAAAAGGGGACAAACAUUAUUCUGAACAUUGGACGAAUGCAUAAGCUUGAAUUCUUUCCAAAGCCUGAUGAGUUUUCUCUUGAAAAUUUUGAGAAGAGUGUUCCUUCUCGCUAUUUUCAGCCAUUUGGAUUUGGCCCUCGGGGCUGUGUAGGGAAGUUUAUUGCCAUGGUAAUGAUGAAAGCAAUAUUGGUGACACUUCUGAGACGGUGCAGAGUACACACACAGAAAGGAAGAGGCCUAAACAACAUCCAGAAAAACAAUGACUUAUCCAUGCAUCCAAAUGAAAGGCAGCCCUUACUUGAGAUGGUUUUUACACCAAGAAGCAUUACAGGCAAGUGUCAGGGUGACUAGUAACAGAUGACAAGUGGUGUCAGUUCUAGGGCUCUCAUUGCCCUAGUCCAACUGAUAAACGCCCACCCUUCCUAAAGGAAGUCAUGAUUUCAUUAAACUAAACAUAUUCUUGCCCUUAAUAUAUGAGCACUUUAGGUGAUCACCUACUUUGCCUGAAGAGCUAAACCAGGUUUGGUCACUAUUCAAAGCUGACAAACAAGUUCCAAGUAUAUACUCAAGUGCAGUUGGUGAAGUGUCACAUGUAGAAACUGUAAUUAUUUUAAGAAACACACCGUUCUGAAGAGAUUAGGCUCUGCUGUUUUCACACUGCAAGCUCAAAGUCCAUGACUGCAGACUUGGAAACCAAAGGGUUAGGGUUUUCUCUGCUAUAGUGGAGGGGAUGCUUUUAGCAGAGCUCAAAGAGACAUCAUCAGUUGUUGACUGUUAUAAGAGCUCUAAUAACUUGUCUUCAGAACCAUUUUAAUAAAAUAUUACCAAUGUUCACUUAAAGUAUAAGUGUAUAAACUGUCUUAACUUAUCUAUAGUUCUUGUAAAGUAUUUAGGAUGACUCCAAAUUACCCAAAACACUGUUUGUUAAGAGAGAAGCUAAAAAGUCUAGUUUUCCUCUACAAGAUUUUGCCUUCUGGUCUGUUAAACACCUAUUAUCAAAAAAUUAUUAUAGUAGAUAUGUCUGGCUGAUUAUAAUAAUUAUGAAAGUAUCCAAAAGUAAUAGCGCUUGAGAUAACUACAGUAGAUUCUGAAGGCUCUAAUCCCAGUCACAGCCACAGAGGUACCACUAAUAUCUUCACCUUGCAUCACUAAUGUCCACUUGUGACUCAGAAGAUGAAUUAGAGCAUUAGAUCUAGGGGGCAGAGGAAGAGGAACCAGGUGAGUUACAGCUCCCCUUUCUCUGCUAAAAACCUGUAGAAUAGGCCUGAAGGAGAAGCUCUCCUUGUUUUCCUGUUGCAGGGAAAGCAUCAUCAUGUAAAAGUUGGACAUCUUGAUGAUGUCAGAUGGACUUCAUUCAUCCCAUCUGUGUGAGGCUCUAGGUCUCACUACUCACCAGUUUUCUGCAUCAGGCAGAAAAGUCCUAAAUGGGUAACCAGUUUUUUGGAAAAAAAGAUGUAAAAGGGAAUUUUUCACUGUUAGAUGCACCCUUCUUCAGGAGUAACUUUAAAGUAGAUCUAAAUCCAGUUUAUUAAGAAGAUACCUAUGUGAAUGGCAACAAAUAUGGCUAAGCUAGAGGAGUAUGGUCCUCUUCCACGGAUCUCUUGAGGGUAUUUCAACACACUACUUCCUGUUCUUGCAGUGGUAGCGCCAUUAUUUCUCCUGCUUUACCUGUGGCAAGCUAAAGGUUGUUUUUGAUGUUUCAAGCUUUAUGACUGGUAGUUGUACAUGAAACGUGCUCAGAUCAGACAAACACUUGUCUAGGAUGGUUUUGAUAGAGAUAAACCUACCCUGAGCAGAGGAUUGGACUAGACUACCUCCUAAGGUCCCCCUCCCUCCCCACUUUUGGUGAUUCUGUUACUCCAAGCUCCUUUCAGUCCAGUAUUUAUAAAUUAUGGAGUUAACUGGGUCAGGAACUACUACAAUAAAAAAAAAAGACGUACCUUCGUGGCUUAAUGGGAAACAUUGGUUCGACAAAGAUUUUUUCCUUUUCAGCAAAAGUAAAUUCUAUUUUUAACGCUUAUAUAACCCAGGGGGGAUGAGCUCCUGGAAUUAAAUGUCUUUAUAAAGGCCAAACAAUCCAUCAGAGAAAGGUUUUUUAUUUAGCCCCUUCCUCAGAGACCAGUUAAGCCAUAAACUCUUGGGUAACCGAAGUACACCACUCUGUAGCUAAAACAAACAGAUGUUUAAAUCCUGUUUUGUGUUGCUUGGGAGAACAAUAAAGUGAGAUCCACAAUAGUUUUUCUCCUGCUGCUGCAAUAAGGAUCUUGCCUGGCUGGAGUCCUUUUACAGGGAAAACACCCUGCAGUUUGCUGUUCCUGCGCACAGUUCUGACAAGGUUUUGUAUAUUAAAAUGAGAUAAUCAGGGAUAACAAUGAAAACAAGUCAGUGUGUAUUCCACAUUUAUGUGAUGAAACCAUUCCUGCUGUGACUGACAAUCAAGGAAAGGGAGAAGCGGAAUAUUUUAGGCCCUUAUUGAGUAAAGAAAGUGAUUUUCUCAGAAAGGUGAUGGUAAGAGAUUUCUAGGAUCACAUUUUUAAUUUAAUUAAAUGCAUGAUUUAUCACUAGUUAAGUUCGCUCUAAAGCUUUCUUUAUGACUAGUGUGAUAUUCCAAGUAGUAUUAUACCAGAAUGAACUUCAGCCCCAGUACAAUCAUUCUGUGUACCAAUUAUGUAUAAUUGGGCAACUACGGAAACCUGUUUGGUAACACUGUUUUUUUAUUAAAUCAAAAGACCAGGAAAAUGUUUCACUGUAGACUUAUAGAAAGAAGAUCUUAUUUUAUAAAGCACUGAAAUGACUUAAUUGGGCAAGUCCUAUGAGCCCUCAGUGGGAUUUGUGCUCCUACACACUGGCCACAUCUACACAAAAUGCUGACUGCGCAAACUUUACUGCACAGUCAUUUAGUACUUGUAUAAGUGUACAAGUAUACAAGUACUAAAUGACUGCACAGUAACCUGAAUUACUGCACAGUAGCACUGACAGAUGUCUUUGUUUGUGACCCUGACUGCGCAUCAGUAUCAGGCUACUACACAGUCAGCAUCUCGCAUAGACAUGGCCCCUUAGGAGUUUUGUAAUACCAGUAACUGCACCAAUAGUGGUGGCUGCAAAAAGAAGUGGGGGGAAGAUUUCCUUUCCUUACCUGACUGGAGCAUCCCAUAUACAGAAUGUAGAAUGACUAAAUGAGUUAGGGUGGUUUCUUGCUGCACUGAUUUCACUACCAGUAAUUAUCUAAAAGUACAAGGAAAAAAAAAUCAGAUCCCAUAAAUUAGAAAUGUCAUCCUAGACUGAGUUACAGAUUUUUUCAAUUAUGGAGUGUUUAUGAGCAUUUCAGAUCCCUAAAUUAAGCAAACUAAAUACAACAUUAAUGCACUGAUCUUCUCUGCAGUAAUUCUAGAUAAGUUAUUAGUAGAACAUCACAGAAGAUCUAAAGUAUCUCUCUAAUAUUUCUAUUUGAAGCAGAUAUUUUAGGGUUUCUGUACAAAUCUCUUGACCCUUGCAUUAUAUGAACUAAAGCAUUUAUUAUAGACUAGUUUGGAGAAAUAGCCAGUCAGAAGUAGGGAAAUUAUAAUCUUUUUCAUCUUGAUGUGGCAAUAAAACAUUAAAUCUGAUUUUUAAAGAUAUCCAUAUGAAGACUGGUACAGAAAGUAUAAAUGCUUAACUUUGUAAUCUCAUUUCCAGCUUUGUAAGGACUAAUAUAUUCCUUUUCCUUUUUUAAAUCACCAUUCUGUUACCACUAGUAGAGUGAAUGGAUGCUUGACUUUAUAAUGGAAGGUUGCAAGUUUAAAUGCUGUUGGUUUGUUCCCCAAGGCAAUUAAACUGUUUUUCUCAUUUAACAAGGAAAAGAAUAUGCGUCUCUGCAGUGUUUUCUAAACAAAAACUGAUAUCUGAUCAAAAAUGUUAAACAAAAGCACAAAUCAAUGUAGAAAGAAAAUCAAUAUAGAAAAAAAUAAUCCACAUAGCCUCACAAACAUAUGGAGUUAAAUUAUGAGUGCUAAGCUAAACAUAAAACACUGUAUAAACAGAUAAAGUGAUGAAAGACAAAGUUAUCUUAGAAUUCAUCUGCUUAAAAUAAUACUAUUUUCAAGUGCUUUACUAAUUUUCAAAUUAACUUCAUGAGGAAAGUAAGGAGCAGCAUUCACAUCCAAUAGGGAAGCAGGCCUAUAGGGGAUGUUCUGACCUUACUGAAGACAAUGGAAGUGUCAGCACUGGACUUGAAAUAGUGUCUUAUGCAGUGACUCUGGUGUGGCCUAUGUGCGUGUCUACACUGCAAUUCAAACUUGUGAUUGCAUUAUGCAUAGACAUACCUAGAGUAGCUUUCAACUGACUAGUUUAGAUCAUAGUAGCAAUUUAGCUGGGGGCUCGAUUGAACUUCAGCUGCCAAGUACUUACCCAAAAUCCAAAAUGAGGUUUAGCAAUUGAAAAAAAAGCUCAUUUUGCCACAGCAAGACAGCUAUCAGCACCUGAGAGCAGGCUGGGUACAUCUACACAAGUUGCAAUCAUGUUUCUGGAUUACAGCGUAGACCAGUUCAGAACUGCGCCCAGAGAGGUUGACAGUGAUAACACACAAUUCAGUUGCAUUAUGGCCCAGGAUUAGACCAAGGAAAAUCCUGAUUUCCAGUACCAUAGUCAUUCUACCUCUUUUCUAGCUUACAUUGCCUCCAUGGCUGUAUGUGAGAAGCAAGGUUUUUUGGUGCUAUCUUUUAUUGAACCAACUAUAUAGAUGGAAGUGGUAUUAGACAACCUUCUGGACAUAGAGUGAAGAUUAAGCAAUUAUAAGGAAAGGCUUUGCUCUGUUUGUGCCUCUUUUAACUUGCCCAUUUAAUGGUCUUGAUUUUCUGUCAAUAACCCCUUGAUUUGACCAGUUCUUUCAAAUAUAAUAUAGUAUUUCAGUUUCUACCUAUUUUAUUGGUUAAAAAAACUGUUGAGUCAUUUUGUGUCUAUUUUUUUCAAGACAAUACUACAUAUUCACGUCCAGUAUGUACUUUCUGCUUAGUCUGCAGAAAAGGAAAAUCUAUUUUACUUUUCUUGAGGUACUUUAGCUCUAAUUUUCCAUUUCAAAAUUAUAAUUCUCCCAUUAAUAAAGCUUUCCUCAAGAAUGGAAUUAAUGUACUAUAUUUCAUUUUGCUGUCAUAGUAAGAAAGAAUCACAUGACAACAUAUAGUUAACUGGAGAAUAUACAUAACUGUAAUCUUUCAAUAAUGUUUACUGUAAAAUCUAUAGCCUGGAAUUCAGAAAUGACAACGACAAUGUUAUUGUAUUGAAGAAAUGAAAAGCGUUCCUUUUUUUUUUAUUUGUUGUUAACAGAUUUGUAAAUCCAUUUUACAUAAAUAUUUUCAACUAUACUUGUCCUAUGUGCUUUGCCUAUUCUGAGUUCCAAACUUUCAAAACCUUGGCCAUGCCAACCCUUGAUACAAAUAGGCCCUUUUAUGUACAAAUAUUGUCAGGAUUUUGCCCAUUUUGCUUUUCCACAUAUUUUCCUAUAUUUGCAGGACCUCCAAGAAAGGUGAAACUUUUCAAAAUUGGAAGUAUGGAUGUAAAUAGGUUACUUAAUUUAGAUACAUAUGUGCUAUUGUACCAUAGUUUUACUGUGUAUUUAAAUGAUUUUUCAUCAUCAGCUAUUGUGAAAAGUUAUGUGACUUUUAGAAUGAAAUCAGGCGAACUAAUGUGCAGUGACUAUUGCACUAGUGUUAAAUCUAUUAACCUAGAUUGAAACUGAUAGCAGGGUUUAACAAGUUGGCAGCGUUGCAGAUGAACAGGCCUUGCAUUCAAGUAUAGUUUUAGAAAAUGUAAUGAUCAUCAAAUAAAACUGGUAUAUGUAAACAAAAA